AUGAACCUGAAUUUGAUAUUCGUCGGAAGGCUUAAAGGCAAAACUACUGUAGACGAUUUACGUUUACACUUUGGUCAGUUUGGUGAAUUCCAUUUUAUUAAUAUCAAAAUAGAUAUUGUAACUGGUCGGAGCAGAGGGUUCGCUUUCAUUGAGUUCAAGACAAUGGAAGGCCGAAACAAUGCCUUGGCGUGUACUAAUCAUGUAAUCCUCAACAGGAAAGUUGAUGUCAAAAAAUAUAUACCACGACAAAUUAAAUUAUUUGUUGGAGCAUUGUCUCCUGAUUUAACUGAUGGUGACAUCAAAGAUGACUUCAAACACUAUGCACCGCUGGAGGCCUUUGAGAUGCCAUAUGAUAAGGUUAAAAACAAACGAAGAGAUUUUUGCUUUAUUACAUUUGGAUUUGAUAGCAAUCUGGCAGUAAAUGAAAUAUUAAAAUCGCCUAGACAUGUGAUAAAGGGGAAAAAAGUAAUUAACUAA